AUGGUCCUCAAAAUUGUAGAGGCUUUCGCCUCGUCGUUCUUUCUGACUCAAUACACCGUUCACAUCGUCAUUGGGAUUGUGGUAAUUCUUACGCUGCACUCCAUAUCCCAAGGUCGACGAACCACCCGUGAGCGAGAUUUACAUGGGAGAACGGUGUUAAUAACGGGCGGAUUCACACCGCUGGGCCUGACAAUUCUCCAAUCACUAGCCCAACGCGGAGCCCACAUAAUCGCUCUUUCCUCAGACCCAAUCGACUCUUCCAACGUUACCAUCCUCAUCAGUCUCCUUCGCACAACCACCUCAAACGAACAGAUAUUCGCAGAGGGAUGCGACGUCACUUCACCCACCUCCAUACACUCUUUCUGUACCCGCUUUCUCACCGGACAAGACCAAAGAAUCGACGCUAUCAUUUUUGCGCACGAGUACCGCCAAAUUGGCUCUCUAUUCUCACGUAAAGACAAAGAAAAGGAGCGGAAUGCGGGUUCGUUAGCGACGUUCUUGAUCACCACGCUGCUAUUGCCAGCACUCCUAGUCGCUCCUGUGGAACGGGACAUUCGGAUUAUCAACAUCGUCAACCCAUUUUACGCAGCUGCAGCCACCCUCUUACCUCGUUUCGAUCCUCCAAAAGAGAGGUCUGUUUUCCUGAGGGAAGGCAUCCGUUCUCUACGAAGCAUCAUCGUCACACGACAUCUCCAACGUAUUCUAGACGCACUCCCAGCUGCACAAUUACCCAAACCCGAGGAAGGCUCGGCCUCUGUCCCUGUGGUCAAUGCUAAAGUCCAAAGGUCAAAUAUCGUCGCUGUGAGCGUGUGUCCUGGCAUAAGCAGAGUCGACACCAUAUCAGCUCUCUUCAACGCCGAUUGGACGAUACGUUACACACCUUUCCGAAUCACUCUAUAUGUCAUCCUACAGCCCAUCCUUCGCAUCUUCUUCAAGUCACCAGAAGGGGCUAUGCAAUCCGUGCUGCACGCUCUUUUCCUCCCAACGCCAUUCAAAGUCCAUGUGCAGCCGACCCAAGUACCCAAUGCGAUGCCUGAAGAAGUGUUGAAGCCAGGCGCAUUGUACCGAGAAUGUGCUGUCGUCACGCUGAAGGUGUCCGUGCCCGAGAACCUUGCCUUGUCGGACCCGAAGGCUUCCUCAUCAAAAAAGGGGAAGGGGAAAGCUGGAGAAGAGGUAUUGGAGAUCCAGGAUGAUGGAGAGUACGGCGGCGAAGUCGCUGGGAGGUUUAUUUGGGAGUCGUAUGAGGAGGCUUUGAAGGUGUGGGAGAAGGAGAACCCGGCAAGUGAAGAGGAUUUGAGGAGGGAGGAGGAGAGGAAACAGAAACAGGAACAGGAGAAGGCGGGGGUUGUAGAUGAGGUUUCUCCGUAUUGA